UGUUGGCCACCAAAUUCAUGGACGACACGAUACAAACGUAUAAUGUAUGAUGUAUAUACGGUCCUCAUAGUUUUGUUAAUAAAUACAUUUACAUUAUCGCAAUUGAUGGAUUUAAUUCUGACUGUGGACAAUGCCGAUGAUUUCUCCGAGAAUUUCUAUGUGAUGCUUGCUAUGUUCGUAUCAUGCUGUAAGAUGUUCAGUUUAUUGAGAAAUCGUAACAACAUUGCGAUGCUGAUUGAUAUUCUGAUGAAAAAACCAUGUAGGCCUACUGAACAUGAUGAAAUAGAAAUUCGACAGAAAUUUGAUAAGAUUGUACUAACAAACACGCUUUGCUACGCGACUUUAGUGGAACUAACAUGUGCGUUUGCAUUAGGAACAUCUGUGUUUAAAGAUUACAGAAAACACAAUCUAGCUUUCCGAGCAUGGUUACCAUUUAACUAUUCUUCGCCAAUGUUAUUUCGGAUCGCUUACUUUCAUCAAUCGAUAAGUUUAACCGCUGGAUCGAUCCUUCACCUUGCUUGCGAUAGUCUAAUUUGCGGAUUACUGAUGCACAUUUGCUCCCAGUUGGAAAUAUUGGAAUGUCGCUUAAAAAAAACUAUUAAUAAGCCACAUAUUUUUCGGGAAUGUGUCAUACAGCAUACAUGCAUUUUCGAAUUUGCGUUUCUAUUGAACAAAAAAUUUAGGUUUACUAUCACUUUUCAGUUCAUAGUAAGUACAUUAGUGGUAUGCUUUACUUUAUAUCAACUAACCAAGACAAGCGGAAAAUUCGUUGAAUUAGGAAUGUACAUGUCGUGCAUGCUGAUACAAAUCUUUUUGUAUUGUUGGUACGCAAAUGAAGUAAAAUUGAAGAGUCUACAAUUAGUCAAUGAUCUAUUUGAAAUAGAAUGGCUUACAUUAAGGCAAGAUAUAAAAAAGGAUUUAUUAACAAUUGCAUUACGUAGUAGAAUGCCAAUCGAAUUCAGUAGUGCUUAUAUUAUACCUAUGAAUUUGGAUUCGUUUGUGGGUUUGCUUAAGACAUCGUAUUCGACCUACAACAUACUUCAGCAAACGCAAAAUGACGAAGUUAACUAGGAAAAUUGAUAUACAUAUUCGUUGUUAUAUAUACAUCAUAUAGAUUUUUCAUGAAAAUAAAA